AUGGCUGACGCUGUGCUCACCGACCUCUCCGCCAGUAAUCUCUUCGAUCUCCGCGGUGUUGUCGCUGUGGUCACUGGUGGCGGCUCGGGGAUUGGCCUUAUGAUCAGCACCACUCUGAUGGCGAACGGCGCGACCGUGUACAUCAUUGGUCCGAAACAAGCUGAUCUAGACAAGAUCGCCAAGGUCUACAAUGAUGCUGCCCAGUCGUCCGGAAAAGUCGGACGGCUGUAUGGCAUCGAGGGAGACAUCAGCCACAAGUCCGAGGCCGUGCGACUCGCAGAAGAAGUAGGAAGGCGCGAGCGGCAUGUCACCGUGCUCUUCAACAAUGCAGGGACCACGGGUGCAUACGCCCUGCGGCCUGGGGCGCCCACUGCGGCGGAGUUCCGCAAGGCCUUCUUCGACGGUGUUCCUGAGGACGCUUUCCCCAACAUGCUGGCCACGAACGCGGUCGGCGCAUACUGGCUCACCUUUGCCUUUCUCCCGCUGCUUGAGAAGUGGAAGGAGCACACGACUGGCCCACGCGCGUUCGCGCCGCAGGUUAUCAUGACGUCCAGCAUGAAUGGAUGGACGAAGGACUCGGCAACCGCAGUAUACUCAUACCCGUACAUGUUCUCCAAGUCCGCCAUUGGGCACGCGACAUCCUCACUCGCACACGAGCUCCUCCCGCUUGGCAUCCGCGUGAACGGAAUCGCGCCCGGGCUCUUCCUCACACCGCUGACCACGGCGGGCCUGGUAGACGAGCUCGGGCGGACGCGCCUCCCGCCCGACGGUGGGUUCCCGUUCGAGAUCCCCAUGGUGCAGCCCGGUCCGCAGCCGGUCCUGGGGGGCUCGAACAGAGAUAUGGGCGCGCUCGCGCUGUGCUUGGUUGCGAACUGGUAUGUCAACGGCGAGACGGUGCUCAUCGACGGCGGGUUGCAGACUCUCCUGAAGCACCCAUCAUCCUACUGA